GUGGGUAGGGAAGGGGAGGUGAAGAGGCGGAGAUGAUGGUGUCGAGGGGGUUGUUCGGAUGGUCGCCGCCGCACAUGCAGCCGCUCACGCCGGUCUCGGAGGUGUCGGAGCCUCCGGAGUCGCCGUCGCCGUACAUGGAGUCGGGGCCGGAGGCGGUGCCGGUGGAGGACGAGGGGCCGGUCGACGAGGGCGAGGAGAUCGAGCCGCCGCCCGCCGCCGUGCCCUUCUCGAGGCUGUUCGCGUGCGCCGACGGGCUCGAUUGGGGGCUUAUGGUGGCUGGGUCGGUCGCGGCGGCGGCGCAUGGGAUGGCGCUCGUCAUAUACUUGCAUUUCUUCGGGAAAUCAAUCAAUCUCCUCACCCCACAGAGCAUCCGCUCGGCGAUGCGCAGGGACGAUGAAGAGCUCUUACACAAAUUCAAGGAGCACUCUCUGUAUAUCGUCUAUAUAGCCAUUGGUGUUUUUUGUGCGGGAUGGAUAGAGGUCACAUGCUGGAUUCUUACUGGGGAGAGGCAGACAGCAGUCAUUAGAUCGAAGUAUGUUCAAGUAUUGCUCAACCAAGACAUGAGUUUCUUUGAUACCUAUGGCAACAAUGGAGAUAUUGUUAGCCAGGUGUUGAGCGAUGUGUUGCUCAUUCAAUCAGCUCUGAGUGAGAAAGUUGGGAACUACAUACAUAAUAUGGCUACGUUUGUGGGUGGUCUUAUUAUUGGUUUGAUUAACUGUUGGCAAGUGGCACUUCUCACACUAGGCACUGGGCCCUUUAUCGUCGCUGCAGGAGGAAUAUCGAAUAUAUUUCUUCACAGACUUGCUGAAAAUAUUCAAGAUGCAUAUGCUGAGGCAGCCAGCAUUGCUGAACAGGCCAUCUCAUACAUUAGGACCUUAUAUGCUUUUACAAAUGAAACUCUUGCAAAGUACUCAUAUGCUACCUCACUUCAAGCAACAUUGCGAUAUGGGAUAUUGAUAAGUCUUGUUCAAGGACUUGGCCUUGGAUUCACGUAUGGACUUGCGAUAUGCUCCUGUGCUUUGCAACUUUGGGUUGGGAGGUACCUGAUUUCACAUGGAAAGGCUAAUGGUGGUGAAGUUAUAGUAGCUCUGUUUGCCGUUAUCCUGAGUGGCCUUGGACUGAAUCAAGCAGCCACAAACUUCUAUUCCUUUGAGCAAGGGCGAAUUGCUGCUUAUAGACUUUAUGAGAUGAUAAGCCGUUCGACCUCAACUGUUAAUCAGGAUGGCAAUACCUUAGCUUCAGUACAAGGAAAUAUCGAGUUCAGAAAUGUUUAUUUCAGUUACCUCUCCCGUCCUGAAAUUCCUAUACUUAGUGGGUUCUACCUUACUGUUCCUGCUAGAAAAACUGUGGCUCUUGUUGGUAGAAAUGGUUCAGGAAAAAGCAGCAUAAUUCCUCUGAUGGAACGCUUCUAUGAUCCUACAUUAGGUGAAGUCCUGUUGGAUGGAGAAAACAUAAAAAAUUUGAAGCUAGAAUGGUUAAGAAGCCAAAUAGGGCUUGUGACUCAGGAACCAGCGUUAUUGAGUUUGAGCAUUAGGGAAAACAUUGCAUAUGGAAGAUCUGCUACAUUUGAUCAGAUUGAGGAGGCUGCUAAGACGGCACAUGCACACACAUUCAUCAGUUCACUCGAAAAGGGAUAUGAUACACAGGUUGGUAGGGCUGGUUUAGCAUUGACCGAUGAACAGAAGAUAAAGCUUGCUAUUGCUCGGGCUGUUCUGUCGAAUCCGUCUAUUCUUCUCCUCGAUGAAGUCACGGGUGGCCUUGAUUUUGAGGCCGAAAAGGCUGUUCAGGAAGCGUUGGAUAUUUUGAUGUUAGGGAGAUCCACUAUUAUAAUAGCUAGGCGCCUUAGCCUUAUAAGAAAUGCUGACUAUAUAGCAGUGAUGGAGGAGGGUCAACUUGUUGAGAUGGGUACCCAUGAUGAAUUGCUGAACCUAGAUGGACUUUAUGCAGAACUUCUUAGAUGCGAGGAGGCAGUCAAACUCCCAAAGAGGACACCUAUCAGGAGCUACAAAGAGCCUGCGGCAUUCCAAAUAGAGAAGGACUCAUCAGCUAGCCACAGCUUCCAAGAAUCAUCCUCUCCUAAAAUGGCAAAAUCACCUUCACUUCAACGAACACAGGGAUUUCUCCCAUUCAGGCAGUCAGAUGUCAAUUACAGCAAUAAUUCCCACGAAUCCCCCAAGGUCCAAAGCCCACCUUCAGAGCAAAUGAUAGACAAUUCAAUUCCCUUGGUCUCUACAGAAAGAGUCCCGUCUAUUAAAAGGCAGGACAGUUUCGAAAUGAGAUUGCCUGAAUUACCCAAAAUUGAUGUCCAAACCAUACAGAGACAAUCUUCGAAUACUUCAGACCCAGAAUCACCGAUAUCUCCGCUUUUGACCUCUGACCCGAAGAAUGAGCGAUCACAUUCGAAGACUUUUAGCCGUCCAAUCAAUCAGUUUGAUGAUGCAUAUACAAAACACAAAGCGCCAAAGGAUGUGCAGCGCCAGAAACCUCCCUCUUUUUGGAGGCUUGCACAGCUCAGCUUUGCAGAAUGGCUUUAUGCUCUUUUAGGAAGUAUUGGUGCAGCGAUUUUUGGUUCGUUUAACCCGCUUCUUGCUUACACUAUUGCGCUGAUAGUGGCAGCAUACUACAGAAUUGGUGUCCAUGAUGUACAUCAUGAAGUAAAUAAGUGGUGCUUAAUUAUUGCGUGCAUGGGUGUUAUAACGGUGGUUGCCAACUUCUUGCAGCACUUUUAUUUUGGUAUAAUGGGUGAGAAGAUGACUGAACGUGUGAGGAGAAUGAUGUUCUCAGCAAUGCUACGUAAUGAAGUUGGGUGGUUUGAUGAAGAGGAGAACAGUGCUGAUACACUGUCCAUGCGUCUAGCAAAUGACGCAACCUUUGUUCGCGCCGCCUUCAGCAACCGUCUUUCAAUUUUCAUACAAGACACAGCUGCAGUUGUUGUGACUCUGGUUAUCGGCAUGUUGUUGGAGUGGCGGGUGGCGCUUGUUGCCCUAGCAACUGUACCUAUCCUUACAAUCUCUGCUAUUGCACAGAAAAUGUGGCUUGCUGGAUUUUCAAGGGGAAUUCAAGAGAUGCAUAGAAAGGCCUCUUUAGUCCUUGAAGAUGCAGUCAGAAAUAUUUACACUGUUGUGGCAUUCUGUGCUGGUAACAAGGUAAUGGAACUUUACAGUUUACAGCUCGAUAAAAUAUUCAAGAAGAGUUUCCUUCACGGAAUGUUCAUCGGUUUUGCCUUUGGCUUGUCACAAUUCCUCCUUUUCGCUUGCAACGCCCUUCUUCUCUGGUACACUGCCAACUCUGUUCACAAAGGCCGGCUCUCGAUUUCUACAGCUCUUAAAGAAUACAUGGUCUUCUCAUUUGCAACCUUUGCCCUGGUGGAGCCAUUUGGACUCGCUCCAUAUAUACUUAAAAGGCGAAAAUCCCUAACUUCAGUAUUUGAAAUCAUCGAUCGAGUGCCUAAAAUUGACCCAGAUGACAAUAGUGGCUUGAAACCCCCUAACGUGUAUGGAAGCAUCGAACUAAGAAAUGUCGAUUUUGCUUACCCAACUCGCCCUGAAGUAAUGGUUCUAAGUAAUUUCAGUCUUAAAGUUAGCGGGGGCCAAACAGUAGCAGUGGUUGGUGUAUCAGGAUCCGGGAAAAGCACGAUCAUUUCUCUAAUUGAGAGAUUCUAUGACCCGACUGCUGGCCAAGUUCUACUGGAUGGCCGAGAUUUGAAGUCAUUUAAUUUAAGAUGGUUAAGAAGCCACAUGGGUUUGGUUCAGCAGGAACCCAUUAUAUUCUCCACAACAAUACGAGAGAACAUUAUAUAUGCAAGGCACAAUGCAACUGAAGCUGAAAUGAAAGAAGCAGCGAGAAUAGCAAAUGCCCACCAUUUUAUAAGUAGUUUACCACAUGGUUAUGAUACUCAUGUGGGCAUGAGAGGGGUCGACUUGACACCCGGACAAAAGCAGAGGAUUGCGAUUGCACGUGUAGUGUUGAAAAACGCUCCAAUAUUAUUGCUGGAUGAGGCCAGCUCAGCAAUCGAGUCUGAGUCAAGUCGGGUGGUUCAGGAGGCUCUCGACACGUUGAUCAUGGGGAACAAAACCACUAUUCUAAUCGCGCAUAGAGCUGCUAUGAUGAGGCAUGUGGACAACAUUGUUGUAUUGAAUGGCGGCAGGAUCGUUGAGCAGGGCACACAUGACUCUUUAGUGCAGAUGAACGGCCUUUACGUUCGGCUCAUGCAGCCUCAUUUCACUAAGGGAAUCCGGCAGCAUCGACUAAUGUAAAUCACUUAAGGUUGAUCUUCACAUGUGAAAUUUUUUCAGCCCUUCGAUUGAGUUCUCUCUCACAUCACGGAAUAGCUGAAUGAGAUCAUCUGUCACUCUGUGGCAGCUUGUGUGGAAUGGAUGAGAUGGAGAACUUCAGCGAAUUCGGGGUCGGGUUCGGGUUUGAGACACGGUUUGUUGUAGUGGGUAGGAGUUAUAUAUUCCGAAAUAGUUAACGCGGGCAUGGAGACAUUGAGCAAUAGAGUUUGGUGGUGGAAUAUUUUAAGUCUUUGGUUUAUUGUACUUAUUCUUUGGGAGGCAUGCGUUGUUGUAGUUAAUAUUUCUGCGGCUCCACGCCAUGUAAGAAUUCAAAUCUGUUUAUAGCUCUACUAACAAUGAGGCUUCUUCAUCCUGGUUGCAGCUGUUUGCUAUCCUUUUUUUCUUU